AUGAAGAUCUCAACAGUUCUCGCAUUUCUUCCCUUGGUCUUUGCAGCCCCGGCAUCUCACGAGAAGCGCGCAAACCCCGUCGUUGUCGCUCCUCUACCUCAGGCCACUGUCACCGGAACGAACCUCUUGAAUGUCGAAUCGUUCAAGGGCAUCCCGUAUGCCCAACCCCCAGUGAACCAGCUGAGACUCAAACCACCGCAACCUCUAACAUCCCCACUCGGAAAGGUGGACGGUACCGGAAUUCCCAAAGCGUGUCCGCAGUUCUUCUUCAGCAUUGACCAAGCCAACAUUCCGACCAAUGUACUUGGAACUAUACUCAACCUUCCUCUCUUCCAGACAGUCACCAAUGCUGGGGAAGACUGUCUUACCAUCAAUGUACAACGUCCCGCUGGAACCAAAGCCGAUGCCAAGCUUCCGGUUCUUUUCUGGAUCUUUGGCGGUGGUUUUGAACUCGGCUCAACUGCCAUGUACGACGGAACCAGUCUAGUUGCCGAAUCAGUCGCCCAAGGAAAGCCUAUCAUUUUCGUAGCUGUCAACUACCGCGUCGGAGGGUUCGGAUUUAUGCCCGGAAAGGAAGUACUGGCGGACGGUUCUGCCAAUCUGGGACUUCUUGACCAAAGGCUGGGCUUGCAAUGGGUUGCAGACAACAUUGCUGCAUUUGGAGGCGAUCCAUCCAAAGUCACUAUCUGGGGUGAGAGUGCCGGUGCUAUCUCUGUCAUGGACCAGAUGAUGUUGUACGAUGGCGACAACACCUACAAAGGAAAGCCAUUGUUCCGAGCUGGAAUCAUGAACUCGGGUAGCGUCGUCCCAGCUGAUCCUGUGGACUGCCCCAAGGGCCAAGCUAUCUACGAUAGGGUUGUUGAGGCAGCUGGCUGCUCCGGUGCCUCUGACACUCUAGUCUGUCUCCGAACUGUCCCCUACACCAAAUUCCUCAAUGCUGCAAACACAGUCCCGGGACUUCUGUCUUACUUCACAGUCAAUCUAUCCUACUUGCCGCGUCCUGAUGGCAAAAUCCUCACCGCAUCACCUGACGCACUAGCCAAGGCCGGAAAAUUCGCCAAGGUCCCCUUCAUCGUCGGUAACCAAGAAGACGAAGGCACCCUCUUCGGUCUCUUCACCGCAAACCUCACUACUACCAGCGAAGUCAAUUCAUAUCUCUCGACAGUCUUCUUCAACAAUGCCUCGCCGGCUCAAGUGAGCACACUCGUCAAUAGCUACCAGACCGUCACCGAAGACGGCUCGCCUUUCCGCACUGGUAUCUUCAAUAGCUGGUACCCACAGUUCAAGCGCAUAUCGGCCAUUCUCGGUGACGUCACGUUCACCCUGACUCGUCGUAUCUUCCUCAACGUCGCAACCCAGGCCCAUCCUGAUGUCCCCUCAUGGUCCUAUCUCGCUACGUACAACUACGGCACUCCUAUCCUUGGCACCUUCCAUGCUUCGGAUAUAUUGCAAGUAUUCUUUGGUGUUCUGCCGAACAAUGCCGCAAGGACGAUCAGAGGAUAUUAUUUCUCGUUCGUCUACAACAUGGAUCCGAAUGUGGGCAGUGGGCUGAUGAACUGGCCGAAGUGGAGUGAAGGCAAGAAAUUGGUCAAUUUUGGGGCCAACUCGAACAGUUAUCUGGAUGAUGACUUCAGAUCAGAUACUUAUGACUUCUUAAGCAAUAAUGUGGCAAGUCUGAGGGUUUAA